CGAAAUGAAUGUCAGAAUUCUGAUCACAGAAUAAAUUAUUUCCAUAUAAAAAAAUAAAACCAAGGAAAGAACAACGCACAUGGUAUAGUGGGUAUGUUAUGAUUACGUAUCAUAGCUAUAAAGUCUUAUAUCCUCUUUCUCGUUUUCUUUCGCUCUCAAUUCUUUACCCUCAUUUUUCUUCACUUCACUAUUUUCCACCGAAAACCUUGUUUUCUUUCUUUCUCUUUUCCUCUUAUCUGUAAUGUGGCCACAUUGGUUGAAUUCACCGCGACGCUUCGGAAAUUCGCCGCCGUCAUCGCCACCGUUACAUUUGCAAACUCGCUCCGUCAACUUCUCCUGUUCUUCAUUCAAAGACAUUCAAACUCUAAUCCAACCCGAACCCGAACCGGAUUAUCCAAAAUCUCCUUCCUUAUUCCGUCGCAUUCGCAUCUCCACCGCCGUUCUCCGUGCCUUAGGUUCAUCCCGCACCGCCGCUCCUCCGCCGAAAAAACUCGUACUACCUCCCGGUCUAGAUCAGUACGUCGUCGUCUACUACACAAGCCUCCGCGUCGUCCGCCGUACCUUCGACGACUGCCGCAUCGUCAGAUCGAUCCUCCGCCAUUUCCGCGUCGCCAUCGACGAACGCGACGUGUCGAUCGACGAUCGAUUCCGCGACGAACUCAACGGGAUCCUAGGUCGUCGGAACGUAACCUUACCUAGGGUUUUCAUCGGCGGUGUUUACAUCGGCGGCGUUGAAGAAGUUAAACUGUUGCACGAGAGCGGUGAACUGCAUCGGUUGAUCGAACGGUUGCCGAGGUCGAAUCAGAACGGUUGUGAUUUCUGUGGAGGGUUCAGAUUUGCUGUGUGUGAUGAGUGUAACGGUAGUCAUAAAGUAUUCACGGAGAAAAGUGGAUUCAGAAGCUGUUCAUCUUGCAAUGCUAACGGUUUGAUUAGGUGCCCUGCAUGUUUCUUCGUGCUGCCGCGACUCACCAAAUAGUUGCUUAUUUUCUCAGUUAGUUACAGCUCACAAACAACUCACCCAACUGAAACAAAGAACUUGAGAAAAUAUUUAUUGUUUAUUUCAUAAAUUAACUUAGAGUUUAAUAGUAUAGACUAUUAUUAUC